AUGGCCGACGCUGAAGAGAAAGCCAAGGCCGAAAAGCUGGCCGCGGCCAGGAAGAGGGUGGAAGAGUUGAAGAAGAAGAAGACGAAGAAGGCCGCCGCCUCGACCAAGAAAGAAAAGGCCGAGCCGGCAGCAGCAGAACCCAGCGCCUCCAAUGGAAAAGACGACGGAGCCGAGCCCACGACACCCGCUGAAACUACCACCGAGGAGACGAAAGAAGACGAAAAGGAAGCUGCGGAAGCCGUCGCGGAGCAGCCAGCAUCGCCGACUGCAUCUCAGCCCUCGCUGGCUCAGCAAUCCAAGCUGCGGUCUGCGUCGUUCAGACAAGGAGCCGUCUCCGCCGGCAACGGUCCUCUGUCGCCGGGAGCCGAGGGUCCUGAAGGCGAGACUGCCACUGAUAUCUACCGCAAGCAGCAUGCCCGGAUAGAAGAGCUCGAGAAGGAGAACAAGCGCCUGGCCAAAGAUUCCACCGAUGCGGAAAGAAGGUGGAAGAAGGCUGAGGAGGAGCUGGCUGAUGUGCGCGAGACUGAGGGCGGGAGCAAGGGCGGAUCAGACAGCCAAGUCGAAAACCUGAAAUCCGAAAUCGAGGCCCUUCAGCGCCAAAACUCUCAGCUCCAGCAACAAGCCUCUCGUGCGGGCGGCCGUCACGGAUCCUCACCAUCGGUAUCCUUGUCGUCGCCCCCCGUCGAGCUCGAGGCCCAGCUUGCCUCCAAGACCGCAACUAUAGAGUCAAUGGAGAUUGAGAUAUCCAAGCUCCGCGCACAGGUGGAUCGCCAAACCAGCGGAACGUCUUCAGAAAAGGAACAGAUUGCCGCUCUAGAGCAGAAGCUCGCGCGGUCCGAAAAGGCCGCCACCAAGGCACAGCAGGAACUUACCGACUUGCGGAAGAACCUCGACCGUACGGCGGAGAAGGCUGUCCGCGAGGGCAGCGAGCGCACGAGCGCAGAGACGAAGCUCCGCAGCUUGGAGCAUGACCUCGCGGACUCGAUCGAUGCCAGGCUGGAGGCCGAGAAGAAGGCAGACGGCCUAGAGAAGAAGGUCACGACACUGACGACAUUACACAAGGAGCAGGAUUCGCGGACCCAGACGCUGCGGAAAGAAAAGGACCGCGCCGAGAAGGAGGUCAGUGAACUCAAGGCGCGGGUCGAGAGCCUCGAGAGCGAGAACACGAGGCUACGGAGCCGCAAGUCCACCGAGGGCGGCGGCGGCCUGGACGACGACGGCGUCGACGAGCUCGAGAACGAGGAGCGCCUGCGCCUCGAGAAGAAGGUGCGCGACCUGGAGGCCGAGGUCUACGAGCUUCGCCACGGGCACUGGCAGGAGAAGCGCCGCGAGCUCAACAGCCCCAGCUUCGAGAAUGUGGACCUCGGGGGCAGCCGCGGCACGUCGCCUUCGGCGCAGAGGAAGCAAGCCGGGGCCGGCGGCAGCCUCGGGGACUUUUUCCAGAGCGGCAUCAACGCGCUCACUGGCACCGGGGACGACGAGCUGCUGCUCGACGACGACGACAUGGACUUUGACGAAGACGCGUUCCGCCGCGCACAGGAGGACGAUGCUAAGAAGCGACUCGAGCGUAUCAAGGAGAUCAAGCGCACGCUCAAGAACUGGGAAGGGUGGAGGCUGGACCUCGUCGAGAACCGGCGGGGCGGCUCCGAGGGCGUGGGUGAUGUGUUUGAGGUCUAG